UUUAUUCCAGUCAUUUAUGACCAGGGUAGGUUGUGUCAGUGCCGCUUGACUGGAUACUUCAUCAAAAAGGCCUUUGGUGAUGGCAAGUCCACUUUGAAACGGGUAAUUUAUGUUGCAUGUGUUAUGAAACGUCUGUUAGAUAACAUUUUUGAAGGCGCCCUUGACCUGAAACUGGCAGCAGAUGAGAUCACAGUCCUGGCUUUACCAACCGAUUUUGUAAACUAUCAGGAAACUUUACCAAAGGACACCCUGAAAAGGUUCUGUGUGCAUGCUCUGUCGUACAUCCUGUCCUGCAAGGCGGAUAGUGAUGUUUCAGAUGUAUUAGAGUCUUGUUCUGAUUGGAAAUUGGUGGAAGUUUCUGGAACUACUAGAGAACUGUUUCGACAGCUCUUUGUGCCUCUGAGUUGUGAGCAGGUGACCGCUGUACUCCUGCGGUCAUUUGAUCAGUUGAAUGUCAGUGGUGCGGUGACGAUGACCUUCCUGUCAGCGUUGUACUCUACCUUCCCCGAAGCUGCAAGACUCAUGCAUGGGCACAUCAAGCGGAAACUGUCCGAAGGCCUUGACAGUUCUGAUGCUGACAAGCUGUCAACUGCCUUUCUGCUGGCUCGACAAAGUGCCGUGGCCGGCCCCAUUGAUGCCCCCAGCUAUUCCAGCUGGUUUGAGACCUCUUUUGGAGACAGCAGCUGUUCACUGGCAUCCACAAGGUCCACUUUUACCAGCCUCGUGAGAUUUAUUUCCAGCCUGGUGCCUGAUGAAUCUGCUGACUAUUUGAAGGUGCACAUCUUCAGGAGACCGGCCAUUCCUGCCAAAUGUAGAAGCCUGUAUGAUGAUUAUGUUGCUUUGGCCAAGACACGUUUGGAAGAUUUAAAGGUUCCGCUGCAUGACCUGUCUAAAGGUAUAUAUAACAGUUCGAGUCUGAGCACGGAGGAGAGUAACAAGAAGGUUAUAAACCAAGCGGAGGAAGAUGUUGAAAAAACUAUCAAGACAUUCACAGAAACUGGAAAGCUACCCACUGCCAUUAUUGAAGCCAGCAUUUUCCGGAAGCCAUAUUUCAUUGGGAAAUUUCUGCCUGCCUUACUGGAACCCAGAUUUUUACCCGAUGUCCCAGACCAGAGAAUGAAGCUGAUUUCUGAGAUCAACAACGCAGGGAAGAUCCCUCCAGCUAUGUACAACACUUACCUGCAGGAAUGCGAAAAGGAAAAGCAGGAGUUAUUAGAAGGUCAGAGUUCAGCUUCAUCGCCCAUCCAGAAGUAUUCUUGUUUUUUUGUGGCUUGUUUUGUAUCUAAUAGAGUAAGUCGAGUACAUUUGUUUUCCUGCUGUUAUCCCCAGAUGGAGCAUAGGCCCUCAGCUAUCUCUUGUCAAGUGUUGUACUUUGCUGUCACCGUCCAGCUGACCAUGUCUCCUCCCAUCAAGUGUUCUACUUUGCUGUCACUGUCCAGCUGA